GACUUAAUGCCUUCUUGCAUUCCUAGAAAUUUACAUGAAUGUACCUGUAGGGGCAGCGGGCGUACGUGGUUUGGGCGGGCGAGGAUACCUCGCCUAUGCAGGCAUGGGUCGUGGCUGUGCCACGUACCAACUCAAGACAGACAAACGCCCCGACGACAAACUCUAUGACCUUCUUCCUGGCAUGGAGCUCACGCCCAUGAACCCAGUCACUCUGAAGCCCCAAGGCAUCAAACACGCCCCAGAGAUCUUGGAGGAUAUUUGCCAAAAGAAUAACUGGGGACAACCGGUUUACCAGCUUCACUCUGCUAUUGGACCAGAUCAGAGGCAACUGUUCCUUUACAAAGUCACCAUCCCUGCUCUGGCUACUCAAUAUCCAAAUAUACAUCCGUUUACCCCCGCCAAGCUCUGCGCAUCAAUGGACGAGGCGAAGCUGCAUGCGGCCGAACACACGCUGCAGAUCCUUGGUGUCCAGACAGAGGGCGCUGACGCUUCCGCUGCUGCGGCCGUCGCUGCUGCAUUCCCAGGUUAUGCAAUUGCCAGCACCACUGCUACCCAGCUGAAACAGGCUGUUUCUCUGGGUCAGGACAUGACUGCCUAUGCAACCUACGAGGGUUACCCUGCCUUUGCUGUGGCAACCCGUGGGAAUGCAUAUGGAGUGUUUUAAAACCUUUAACUAACAGUCUCUGUAAUGUCAAUGUUAACCUGUUCCAUGUAUUCUGUCGUGUCUAUAGGUUAGUAGUAAUUGUUUGUUUAGAGUUUAUGAAAACUUUAUUUCUUCCCAAGUGUUUUUUGAGCAUUUUUGCGAUUUGGAAGUAUAUGAGUCAUCUUUUGACUUAACUCAGGAAGAGGGCUGAAGGCUGCCAACAACUCAAUCCCAAAUGUUUCCAAAAAAUGUCACAUUUUACGUUUUAUUGCUGUUUUUCAAGGCUUGAAUUCCGUUGAUUUAAACAUUAUUUGUGUCAUAAAUUGUGGUCAUCCAGAAUGGUGACUUUAUAUAUAUAUAUAUAUAAAUUAGAGAAAUUUAGGCUGGACCAUUGUUCAAUGCUGCCUGCUGCCUUUGAACGAUUGCAUUUAACAAUGAAUCAUUACAAUUGAAUGUAAUUUCGAAACACAUAGUAAUAUUCCAUUGUGCUAAGUUUUAUCCAAACAUUUACUUUACUAAGCUUUGGUAUUGUAUUUAAAGUGGUUUGUUUUUGUGUUGGUUUUCUUUCAGUAUUUACGUUAACACCUAAGUACAGAGAGUUUUAACAGAUUAUACCCAUUCAUACACUUGUGUAUGUAUCUGCAGGUUUUAGGAUCAUUUUAGAUAUGGUUGACACUUUGUAUCUGGUUCGUUUAUUGGUAGUUUUGCAAUAUUUUAUAAGAUAUUUACAGGCUUGCUACUAUUUUCCCACUUCAUACGUUUUCUAAGUGGGGAAUGUAAGAGCAUUGUUUAAAUACACAUGGACACAUUUUUGUUAUACGUGAAGAUGCCUUAAAGGUGACAGUAUUAAAGUUUGUGUAGCACUUAGAACUUAUUUUUAUACCUGACUUCCAACUCUGUUUGGAGGAACUUUGUUAUUCGAUCAUAGAGUUUUUGAAAUUAUUUAUUGUCUAAGUGAUCGACAUCAGAUCUGGAGGGAGAAUUGGACAGGCAUCAUCAGGACAAAAAAAA